AUGAAGCUCGGGACGGCCCUGCUUUCGUCUAUAGCUGCUCAGAAUCUGAGGUGGGAAGCAGCACAGAGUUCACUUCCAAGUGGACUAAAAAGCUGCACACGACAUCGACAACGUCGAUAUGCUGGAGAUGCGCGAGGAAAUAUUUUCGGUGGCACCGUCGCCAGUGAGAAAGCAUGGCCUUGGAUCGCUCCCAUUUCUGAAAAUGGUGAGUUCAAGUGCACUGGAACAAUCAUUGACGACGAGUGGAUCCUAACUGCAGGACAUUGUUGUGCCACUGGCAAUCCAGCUGAUUUCUCUAUCAAUAUUGGUCGAAGGAGUUUGUUAUACUCCGAUGAACCGUGGUCAUUUUCUGUCUCGCCAAAGGCAUUUUAUGUUCCUGACGACUUUGGUGUGGGUCUCGGCAUCCAUAAUGACGUCUGCCUUCUCCAAGUGCCCUCGCUCAAUGAUGCGAAGCCGGCUGCGUGUCGUGACUGCUUCGAGCACGCUUGUCUUGCUGAGACAGCUCCUAAAGCUGGACGACACUGCUGGGUCGCUGGCUGGGGAAAUCUCGCAAAGGACAAGCUCUCACUCAAACCACGUGAUGUCGCUUUGAACAUUAUGCCCGGAAAAUACUGCGAAGCGAACAGUAGACUCACGGAUACCUUUGGAGAGUUUCCUAUCGGAGACAAAAGCCAGUUCUGUGCCGGUAUUCCAGAUCGUAAUGGUAACAAGCUAGUCGAUGGACAUGAAAUCGCCUGCCAGGGUGAUGGUGGCAGUCCUUUGGUCUGCAUCGAUGGAGAUUCCGCUGUUGUACACGGUCUUCGUUCAUGGGAGUCGACUGCUCCGACGAAGGUCAACCUUCUGUCUUCGCAUCACGCAGAAGAAGCCGCUGCAAAUGAAAAGAAAGAGAAGAGUUUCGAAGUUGCGCCUACACCUGCGUGGGGAUUCGAACCUGGCUCCGAGAGAAUUCCAUCAAAGUUAUCUGAAGGUUGUUCAAAUGACGUCGAGUCUGGCUUCGGUUUCGCGAGAUCGCGUUUUAUGGGAGUAACAGCUAAGAGAAACACUUAUCCCUGGAUGGCGAGAAUUAACCUUUGCCCCGGUGAAGGUGAUUGUUAUCGCUGUGCUGGAACUAUUAUCAGUGACGAUGCUAUUCUGACUUCUGCUUCCUGUUUUUAUGGCGACUUCGAGAAGAUUGUGAUUCGAAUCGGCGACCACAACCAGAAUAAAUUCGAGAAGGGAGAAUUUUACGUCAAUGCGUUAGGAUGGGAAGCCCACCCAGAUGCUCUUAACGGUGUCAAUCUUGCCAUCGUGAAAGUCGAAAGCCUAGAGGAGAGCGCACCGGCGGUCUGUAAUCGUCAGAACUGUUACAAAACUGCAUGUUUGCCCGACAAAGACGCAUACGCCGGGCAAAUGUGCCAUGUGCCCGGAUGGAACAAUAAUUACGACGAUUCAUCGGCCGUUCUCCGCGAGAGCGCGGUGAACGUUUAUCCAGCUGACCACUGCACCCUCACAUCUACCUAUGCUGAUGGCGAUUUCGAUUCAGAGAAAGAAUUCUGCGCUGGAAAUCCAAACUGGCAGACUGACGACGAGUCUUCGACUGGUCGAUGUCCCGGAGAUGCGGGAAGCGGUUUGAUUUGCGACAAUGGCUACGGACGACCGGUUGUUUCUGGAGUAAUGUCUUGGGGUGUUCAAUGCGACACUGCUGGAAAUCCGUCAGUAUUUUCCAAGGUCGCAGCUCAUACAGAAUGGAUCCGAAACACGAUGAAGACCCUCUAA